UUUAAUUAUAUUGUAUUGCAAUGAGUUUAGCUGCAAUUAAACAAAAGGAAGGGAAAGCCAAAAAGAAUGUACUGCCCAAGCUACGCACUAUAUUGGCGAAUCCAUAUAAACAGCACAGUCCCGUGUUGCCCGACAAUGAGAUGCUGGAGCUGCAAAACAUAUUAAAAACGGCAUUAAACGAAAGUGAACACACACAAAAAACAUUUGUGACACAUCACCACAUACAGCUGGGCCUAGAAAGCUCUCUACGCGCAAUUAAUGGACGACGUUUCUCUUGCGUUUUUAUCUCUCUCAGCUUAAGACCUUCCCAUCUAGUGCGCCUUAUAGCAACCACAGCUGGGGUCAAAGCUCCAACAGCUCCCAUCUAUGCGCAGCCCAAGUUGGAGGACCUCACACAUGAGCUAUUUGGCGUGCGAGCGCUCGCACUAGUAUUGCCGUUAGACUUAAAUAGCAUAAGCUCUAAAUUGGCUAAAUGGGUGGAUGUUCGAAGAAAACCUUUAGUUCAAAAAUGCGUCAAAAUUUUCUCACCAAAAACUACAAAAAAACGAAAACCAAUAGAACAAGCUCUGAAAAAUACAUCAGUUGAACCACAAGCGACAAUAACAACUGCAACAGGAGAAAAGGAAUGGAGGGGUGACUACAUAUCAUGUGGAAAUGAUGGAUCCAUUCGGAUAAGCCAACUAGAUGCGCAGACAGAAGCAGAACAGUUGAGCAUAGCCCUUAGUAAGCUUGGCAAGAAAACCGAACACAAAACUAAAAUAGUUAGUGUCAAAUCAACAAAGCAAGAGGAAAUAACAGCAUUGCCAAGUAAUGAGUCCAUGGAAAUAGAUGCAACUGAAGAAAUCGAAGACGAUGAAUUUCUGCCUACUGAAUUGACAAAUUAUCAGCCGCUUACCCAGCAUCAGAUCUGCUCGAAUCCAAACAAGAAACCCAAAAAGAAACGAAACAAAAACAAAAAGCCAAAAAACCAACCGCCACAAAACAAAAAUAACUGACGGUUGGCAACG